UGUAUAAAUAAGUCAUUAAUCAAACAGUGUAGGUAACUAUACUUAAGAGAACAUUUACCAAGUAAAAACAUAGGUACUAACAUUUUGAUUCUUUAUGUAGUAAAUAGGUAAAGUAAAAUUCUAAAAGUUUUAGACUCAAGGUAAAGUGUUAUUGCACGCUCAAAUUGACCUACAUAGAGCAACUAAAACAACUAGAACAAUUAAAAACAUCCGGACGUUGUUUACCCGCGCGCCGACAUUGAUGCCUCCAUAGUAAUUUCAAUCACAAAAUUAAUUCUCCCGCCCGCCUUAAAUAAGUAGCGGCGCCCAAUCGAUAGCGCGGGCGGGAGCCGGCGGGCGGCGGUUUGGGGUAAAUAAAGUUUUAGGCGGGCUCUGAUUGGUGGGGUGAAGGGUGGUGGGCGGGGCUUAGGGUGGAGCUUGGGUGAGUGCGGGGUAGAUGGCAGUGCGGGCCCGGGUGUCGUGGGGACGACAUGCGAGUGUCGUUGUGAGUGAUCUGUGCGGUGACACUUCAGGAUGGAGGCAACAAAUCUGGCCUUGUCUCCGCGGGAGACGCUCAAGCCACGCGACCACAAGGCCAUGCAGCUCAACAGCAAACCCAACCAAGUGUCAACAGUGCUUCUAUAUGGCGUCCCGAUAGUGUCACUGGUGAUCGAGGGCGUGGAGCGGCUCUGCCUGGCGCAGAUCUCCAACACGCUUCUCAAGCAGUUCUCGUACAACGAGAUCCACAACCGGCGGGUAGCGCUGGGGAUUACUUGCGUGCAGUGCACGCCGGUACAGCUGGAGAUACUGCGGCGGGCCGGAGCUAUGCCCGUGUCAUCACGCCGCUGUGGCAUGAUAACAAGGCGAGAAGCAGAGAGGUUGUGCAAGUCGUUCCUGGGCGACAACGCUCCACCGCGGCUGCCAGACGACUUCGCCUUCGCCGUUCACCACGAGUGCGCCUGGGGCUGCCGGGGCGCCUUUUUGCCUGCUAGGUACAAUUCAUCUCGCGCAAAAUGCAUCAAGUGCGCAUACUGCGGCCUGUUCUUCUCCCCCAACAAGUUCAUCUUCCACUCGCACCGCGUGGGCCCCGGCGACAAGUACGUGCAGCCCGACGCAGCCAACUUCAACUCCUGGCGCCGCCACAUGAAGCUGAGCGGGUCGCCGCCCGAUGAGGUCGUGCAUGCUUGGGAGGACGUCAAAGCCAUGUUUAAUGGAGGGACGAGAAAGAGGAUGCUGUCCGCUGCUAGACGAGUGUCGAUCCGCAGGCCGGAGGCGGAGGCGGGCGAGGCGAAGCGCGCAGCGGCGAGUCCUCCGGCGCACGCGCCUGUACCACGGCUGGCAGACUAUGUGUGGGGCGCGCGGCUUCCUUUACCUUACGCUCUACCCUGGCUCAAGCCGACGUUAUGGUCGCCAGGAGCGUUGACUGCAUUAAGCAGUGUAGGGUCACUUGAGGAGCCGCGCGCGUUCCGGCCCGUGCGGCGCGAAUCGCCACCAUCACCCGGCAUGUCUUCAAGGUCACCGUUGUCACCGACCAGGUCGCCACUAGCGUCACCAGCGCGAGCUCGCUCUCCGCGCUCACCUCACCGCUCCCCGCACCGCUCACCGCUCCGCUCUCCUCACCGCUCACCGCACCGCUCGCCGCAUAGCAGCGAACGCGACAGCGAUGAAAGCGUGGACAUCGAGACCACCGAGGAAGACCAGCGAGAUGUGAGUUGCUCAUGGCCAUGUCGAGUGCGAGAGGAUUGGGGCGCCCUGGUGCCCAAGGUCGAACGCGAGGAGGAACCUGAACCCUGGCGCUUGCCUGACCUCCGUCCGCCCGCCCACUACUUGCCCCCUACAGAGCGAGACGCGUGCGCAGCAUGUGUGGCGCCCCUUCCGCUGCUCCCGCCCGCGCCGGCGCCGCACUAGCGCCACAGCACCUGACCACGAAGCAAUAUCAAACCUUAUCUAAGCACAAAGAAAGGAUUAUCAACUAGAGCCUAGUCAACUACAAAAUAUGGGAUCGUGCUGAAUAUUUCGGAAUUAAAAUAACUUUAAAUAACUCACUUCAGGCACACGUAAAUGUUUGAAUGGUUUUCCCAUGGGUUAUAUUAGAAUGCGGUCGUGGUGAUAAUGAUAGAAAGAAAAGAGACAAUUCACCGAAUUUCUUUAUAGGUACUCUUGAUAGUGCAAUAAAAA